AUGGGAGAAAUUGUUGUUGAUCCAGAAAAUCAAUACUACACAUCUGAUGAUAGUAUAUUAUACGGGAAAGGGAAAACCUACUUUAUUUUACUAUUCAGAAGAAAUAUAACUUCAUUCAUAGUUCCUGAAAAUAUAACAUCAAUACCAUAUGGAUUUUUUAGAAACACAAAAUUGAAUAAUAUAACAUUCAAUUCAAAGCUAAAAUCUUUUGGGAUAUGUGCGUUUCAAAAUACAUAUCUUGUUAAUAUUACCUUUCCUGACUCACUGGUCAGUAUUGGAGAUGCAGCAUUUGCGAACUGUAAGUUUCUAAACACAGUUAUUGGUAGUGGGAUGACUUCAAUUUCUAGAGAACUAUUCAAGUUUUCUAACAUCUCAAACAUUACUCUCACAGAAAAUAUCAAGAGCAUAGGAAUUAAUGCAUUUCUUGGAUGUCCUAAUCUAAAAAACAUCAGAAUUCCAAUGAGUGUAACAUCUAUUGAAGGCUCAAGUUUCGAUCUCGGCAUCAAACUUGAAUUUGAAGAUGGCUCGCCAUUUUAUUGUGAUAAUCAAAGUCUUCUUUACAAUGCUGCUCUCACGAAGAUUUUUGCUCGUCUCAGUAAUUUAGAAAGCUAUGAAAUUCCUUCAACAGUUAAAUUAUUUUCAUCUAGAGUUUUUGCGGGACACACAGGUCUUAAAACAAUUAAUUUCACAUCAGAUUCUCAAUUAAGUUCAAUAAGUUUUGAAUUAUUUUUUGGUUGCACUAAUCUUCAAGAAUUCAUUUUUCCAAAUACAGUUACUUACAUUGCCGAAAAUGGGUUUGCAGCCUGUAAUUCUUUGAGAGUUAUUCAUUUACCAGAUAAUUUAAUGGAAAUUGCUAAUAAUGGUUUUCGCAAUUGUAAAGGUUUAGUUGAGGUCCACUUCAAAAAUGGAACAAAUAUAAAACAUUUGACAUUUGCAGAAUGCACAGCAUUGGAAACGAUAAUUUUUGAAGGUUCUCAAGGAACUACACUUGGCCUGUCUUUCCCAGGAUGCCCGAAUUUGAAGACAGUGAUAUUUAAAAAUAUAACAUCUAUAGGUAGUUCAUGUUUUUCAGAGUGCACUUCAUUGAAAUUGUUGGAUAUCCCUCCUACAAUCAAAUAUAUUGCUCCUAAUGCAUUUGCGAAAUCAGGAAUUGAAAACAUCACAUUUUUAGGAGAGCCUCCAAUGACUGUCAUUAACACAGAUGCAUUUAGUAAUGCAUACAAACUAAGAAACUUGAUUCUUCCUCCCACAAUUCAGGUUAUCGGUUCAAAUGUGUUUCGAUGGACAAAGAUCGAGACAUUCACAGUUCCACGCGACACUCAUACAAUUUCAGAAUAUGGUUUUCAUAAUUGUGUUAAUCUCAGUACAUUCAUCAUUGAAAAUAAUUCUUCAUUAAUGAAUAUCAAAUUUGCCGCGUUUUCUGGUUGCAAAUCUCUUACAACAAUCAUUUGUAAUGACAGUAUGUACUUCACAGUUGAGAAUUUUGCUCUUUUCAAUAAGAACAAAACAGUUCUAGUUGUAUUCCCUCCUGGUUGUCCAUGCAAGUUCUUCUCUGUCCCGAUAACUAUCCGAGAGAUUGAAGCAGGUGCAUUCCUCGAAUGCAGGAACCUUGUCAACAUUCUUAUCCCAGACAACUCUGUUCAAUACAUUCGCCGCUAUGCAUUCUCAGAGUGCACAUCUCUGACUCAUAUCAACAUUCCUCUAUCAGUCAUCGAUAUCCAACCAAACGCAUUCUCUAACUGCAUCAAGCUUAUAUGCGAUGUUGAUGUUGAGAAUAAGACAGAAGCAUUCAUUGAUAAUCUUUAUAAAAGGUGUUAUCUGAAUUUCAAUGCUAUACGUGAAUGUUCAUUUGUCACAUGCAAGAAACCAGAGAACUGUCGAUACCAUUCUUCGUUUGUUGUUGUUUCACUUACCCAAGGUAUAGCACUUGGUCUUUUCUAA